AUGCCUCACGCAGCAUCGACUGCGUUGGCAGCUUCCAUCUUCGUAAAUGCGGGCAUCCUGAUUGUCUAUAUCAUCAACCUCCUCUUCGCCCAACGCAUACUACGCGCCCUGCAACCCAAGAUCGGCUGGAGUCGCGCCCUGAGUAUCGCCUUCAAGAUCCUAUACGGCCUGAUUGCUAUAUCGCUGCUUCUCAUAAUCGUCUUCAUCGUGUACGGCUCCUACACCCUCGGUCCGUCGUUCCACAACGCUCAGCUCUGGGUACUGCGGGCCAUCACCCUGUACCUGCUCAUAUUCGUGGCACUACCCUUGGUAAUCGUGCCUCUUGCUAUCCUCUUACCUCGACCCAACAACGCAGAGCACUUUGGUGAGGGAAGCAUGAACCUGAAAGCUGCAAUCGUCAUGACAAGCGCAGCCCUGUGUACGAUACUGGCAGGCUUCCGCGCCGGAACGACAUGGGAGCCAGCUCGACCGAUCUCAAACCCAGCGUGGUACCAUUCCAAGGCAGCAUUCUAUGGUUUCAACUUCACGAUCGAGAUCCUGGUGCUCAGCUUGUACACCUACGCUACGAGGCCGGACAAGCAUUUCCACGUUCCGAACGGGUCGUCGAAGCGGAGGAGCUAUGCUGUGCCUGAGCGGCUGGGAAGCGAAAGUGGUGAUGAGAGGCCAGAGAAUGAUAUUGAGAAGCGCGGUUCGGAGGUGUGA